AAUCGAGUUCAAGGAAUGUCUCAUACAACUUAAGUAGCCCUUAACCAUAUUGUUUAGCAUUAAGUGUGUCAUCCCUUAAGUAACCAUGACAAGGUCACCGAUUAAUUUUAGCCGUCGUUACUCUUUGGUACUGAUCACGUUCUUUGCCUUUUGUUUUGUUGCGAAGGCCCAAUUAAGUACAGAUUUCUACAAGGCAACAUGUCCGGAUCUUUUCAAAAUUGUCCGAAGAGAGGUUCAGAAUGCUGUCAAGUUUGAAAUGCGAAUGGCUGCUUCUUUGCUUCGGCUUCACUUCCAUGACUGCUUAGUGAAUGGUUGUGAUGCGUCACUACUACUGGAUGGAACUGGCAGUGAGAAGGAUGCCGGACCAAAUUUGAAUUCAGCAAGAGGAUUUGAAGUUGUUGACAGAAUCAAGAGCUCUGUGGAAAGCUCAUGCAGUGGAGUUGUGUCGUGUGCUGAUAUACUAGCCAUAGCUGCCAGAGAUUCUGUGCUCUUAAGUGGAGGAACUUCAUGGAAAGUUCUACUUGGAAGAAGAGAUGGUCUAGUGGCAAAUCAGACAGGAGCAAAUAGGGCACUUCCUGCACCAUUUGAAGCCCUGGACAGCAUCAUUUCCAAGUUUGCCGCUGUCGGCCUAAAUGUCAAUGACGUUGUGUCCUUAUCAGGCGCCCAUACAAUUGGGUUGGCAAGGUGUGGCACUUUCAGAGAUCGACUCUUCAACUUCUCAGGAACAGGUGCUCCUGACAUUACGUUGGAACAAAGCAUGUUAACUGAUCUACAGAACCUGUGUCCGCUAACUGCUGAUGGAAGCAUUACCGCGCCUUUUGAUCGGAAGUCAGCUGAUCUAUUUGACAACCAUUACUUUCAAAACUUGAUUAACGGGAAGGGCCUCAUAAGUUCGGAUCAAAUUCUAUUUUCAAGUGAUGCAGCUGUGACAACAGGUACCAAAAGUUUGGUCCAAAGCUAUAACACAGAUAUUAAUCGUUUCUUUGCUGAUUUUGCUAAUUCUAUGAUCAAGAUGGGGAAUAUUACUCUUACUGGGUCUGCUGGAGAGAUCAGAAAGAACUGUAGGGCUGUUAAUGCAUGAAAUAUGUCUCGCUAGCAGUGUACUUGCAUUUUGCAAUCCUGGCUCCUAAUUGCUUUUAUGUAGACUGUAUGUGGAAUGAAUACAGUCAAGUCCUUUUAUUUU